AUGCCUGGAAGAAUUCAGAUUGUAUAUGUAGAUCUUCUCACAAAGGCAAUAUCUGAUGAGGGUUGCAACUCCAUAGCUUCUGGAAUGAUUGAGAUUGAUCUCAUACAUGGCAUCAGGAUUGCUCUUGAUGAUGUUGCGACGAACCUGGAGGGCAUGGCCAGAGAGAUCAUCACGUCAGAUGACAUAGCACAGGUGGCUACCAUAUCAGCUAAUGGGGAAACAAAAAUUGGCAACAUCAUUGCAAAUGUUAUCGAGAUGGCUGGAAAGGAGGGAGUCAUCGUAAUUUUGGAUGGUAACACCAUAUGCAAUGAGUAUGAAACUAUGGGGUGCAUGGAGUUAACAAGAGGAUACACAUCACCUCAUUUUGUUAACAAUCAUAAGAACAGGAAAUGUGAACUAGACAAUCCCUUGAUCCUGAUACAUGAUAAGAAGCUCUCCAAAGUUAAUGCUGUCAAAGCAUUGGAACUGGCUCAUAAGAAGCGGCAACCUCUACUUAUCGUAGCGUAUGAUGUAGAUGUGGAAGCUUUAUCUUACAUUGUGGACGAAAAGCUCAUCAAGUGCGUUAAGGUCUGUGUGGUCAAAGCUCCAGGCUAUGGACGGACAUUAGAUCUUAACCUUUGUGGCCUUGCUACCCUUACAGGUGGAGAAAUCUUUACGGAAGACAAUGGAAUGAGUCUCGAGUAUCAGAUGUUGGGCAAGUGCGACAAGGUUAUUGUAUCCAAUGAUAACUGCGUCAUCCUGGCUGGAGCUGGAGACGAAGAGUCCAUUAAAAACAAAACUCAGGAGCUGAAAAAUGUGACCGAACUAAGCACUUCUUACCACCACGAUGAAAAGACGCUGGUAAAGCUUUACCGUCGUGCUGUUAUUAUGAAGGUUGGUGGAGCAAGCAAAGAAAAGGUUGUCGAAAAUAGGGAGAUGGUGGCAGAUGCGCUGAGCAGUACACGGGCUGCAAUCAAGGAGGGUAUUGUCGCAGGUGAUGGUGCUGCCCUCCUUUAUGCAUCAAAAUUCCUAGAUAACUUGCAUACUGCUAAUAUUGGACAACAAAGGGGUGUUCAGAUCGUUCAAAAUGCGCUUAAGACUCCUGUGUACGACAUGGCCUCCAUUGCUGGCAAACCAGGGGACGUCAUUGUUCAGAAACUCCUAGAGCAGGAUAACAGUGAUCUGAUAUACGAUGCCACUCAAGGUGAUACGUGGACGUAGUGAAGGCGUCUUGCAUUGAUACGGUCGGAACGGUCAAAAGAGCCAUGAUGGAUGUCAAAGGAGAAGCAUGCUUAAUGAUAUCCGCGCACGCAUCAGUCUUGAGCCCUUGACCCCCAGUCAGAGAAGGUAGUACCAGCAUGCGCGGUGCCAAGAGCCGAGGAGGGCCAGAUCUUUUUUUAGCCUGGUCUGUGUCUAUAACUU